UAUGCUUUCAAAGCCAAGCACUAAUACUGCAUACUACUGCAAUCAACCAUCUCCAAAUAGCUUUUGUGAUAGUCUCUUCUUUUUUUUCCACGUCAAACUUCAGGUGGGUAGAAAAAGAAAUGGGUUCAAACGUGUUCGGAACUCCCAUCACACAGGAGAUGCUGAAAUCAAUGCCGGAAUACCAUGGGACAAAGGACAAGGACAUAAAUGCUCAUAAUCGCGCAGUUGUAGCGUUGGAGAUGAAGAAUGCGGAAGGAAAGGACACAAAUGCUAGAAAAUUCCUCAAGGCUUUGGAGCCUCGAUUUGGGCUAGAUACGAUGACGAUGUGCACGAUUUACAAUGCUACUGGGGAUCCAUUAACUCUGGUUGAUGCUCAUAGCUGGACGGGUCGGGUUUGCGAAUCUCCUUAUCCAAUGAUGAUUUUAAAUGGGCAAUGGGGUGCGUUUUUGCACGGCAAACAUGCAGAUGGACAUAGCUCUGAAGCUGUCGUUGUGUACAAGGGAAAUAACCUUCACUGGGUGUUAUCAUUUUCCAACCUUCGGACAAAUGUCACCAACAAGGUGUACACUGAAAUUUCCGAAUCACGACAUUAUGAUGACCAAGAAUGGAAAAAUAUCAAGAACAGUUUGGAUAAGGGGAAAACGACGCACAAAAGCGAAGGGAACAACAGCGAAACGGUGGACAGGGCUUUAAUGUUCGCUUCUAUUGGUGAUAUUUCAAUAUGCGAAGUCGAGGCAAUAUUGACUACUCCUAAAGCCCUUAGUGAUCCUGGGUAUCACUAGUAAUUAGUAAAUGUAAUCUAUUAUGAGAAACAUUGGCCAACUUUUGUUGUGUUCGCUUGCUUACGAUUUUGUGUUACUUUUUUAUUUCAAUUAUUCUCGAUUCAGUCACUA